AUGGUGUACACCCAGUGCGGGGCGUCGUGCAGUCGCACUUGCCGCGACCCGGACGCGUCGUGCGAGUCGCGGCCCUGCGUGGACGGUUGCCACUGCCCUGACCGGACGCUGCUGCACGACGGACGCUGCGUGCGCCGGGAACGGUGCCCGUGCUCGCUGCACGCCAGGGAGUACAAGCCCGGCUCGCUCGUCAAGCAGGAGUGCAACACCUGCGAAUGCAGAGAAGGAGAGUGGCAAUGCACCACGAAGGAGUGUCCGUCCCGGUGUGUGGCCAACGGCGACCCCUUCUACUCCACCUUUGACGGCAGGGCUUUCGAAUUUAGAGGUCGAUGCCCCUACUACUUAGUACGAUCGCAGAACUUCAGCGUCGUCCAAGACAUGGGUCACUGCCACAACGUGAAAGUACGUUCCGGAAAAGGCAUCAGCGAGAAUGCACUGGACUGCUCCAAGACGACUACUGUGACCAUCGCAGACAUCACUGUCAUGCUCGCCCACGAAAAUGUUAUGGUCAGCUGCGACUAUAAACUAGAAAAAAAAGAAGGAAAACCCAAAGUAGGACGCACACCUGCGUCUUCCUGUUGGUCACUGAGUCUGAAUUCGAUAUGCGUUGAGUGUACUCGCGCGCUGACUUUCUUCCGCCACAGCACGACAGGUCCUGCGACGGAUAGCGUGCUCAACGGUACCGUACGUCUCCUGCUUUAUGCGUCCACCGAUUCCUCGCAGACCUCGUUUUCCAACGGCGUCGUGCUCCAGUGGAACAGGAGAGGGCGCCUGCACAUCGACAGCCCCGCCAGCUUGAGCGGUCAGCUGCAGGGACUGUGCGGCACCAACAACCGGAACCAGAAGGACGACUUCCUCACGCCGGCGGGCGACGUGGAAGGAAGCGUGCGAGCGUUCGUCGACAAGUGGAAGGUGGACGCGUCUUGCGACGAAGAAGAGGGCAUCGAGGAGCACCCCUGCGAGCGGUCGCCGCAGAGGGCGUCGCGGGCCAAGACACUCUGCAAGGAGAUUCACGGGGACGCUUUCAAAGAGUGUCAGCAGCUGGUGGACCCGGAGCCGUACUACAAGGCGUGCCUGCACCAGACGUGCGCCUGCCAAGGAGCGUUGAAGGACUGCGUGUGCCCGUCGCUGGCCGAGUACGCGGCCGAGUGUGCCAGAAAGGGGCGCCUCACCAAAUGGCGCCAUCACGUGUCCCUAUGCAGCGUCAAAUGCCCGAGCGACAUGAGGUGGACCGAGUGUGCGCGGCAGAAGAGCUGCUUCGAAGUGGCGCUGGGUGAGAUGGCGAACUCAACGUGUGUCGAAGGUUGCGUGUGCAAGGACGGCUACGAAAAGGACCAGCUCUGCUUGCCAGCGGACUACUGCCCGUGCCUGCACAAGCACAAGCAAUACGCUCCGGGCAGCAUGCACAAGAGGAACGGCCAACUAUGCGAGUGCGACAAUGGCGAGUGGGAGUGCUCCGAUGAAGAGGCCGGAAGUGGCGGGCAAGUGCCCGACUCGCCGGCGCCCAGCGUCUUCGAAGAAGGCCACCCGUCCCAGCAGUGCGGCCACGACGAGAACUCCGAGUACACGGACUGCCUGGACGCUUGUCCUCUGACAUGCGACAAUGUCAACGCCGCCGUGUCGUGCGGCGUUAGCAACAACGAGUGCCACCCUGGCUGUCGAUGCAAACUUGGGUUCGUACUGCAGCUUUCGACGAACAGCUGUGUCCCCCAGAGCGAGUGUGGCUGCAAACACGGCGGUAAGGUCUUCCCGCCGAGCUCAGAAAUCCAAAGAGACUGCAACAAGUGUACCUGCAGCGGAGGUCUGUGGGACUGCGACAACAAGGAUUGCCCGGGAGUGUGCACCGCCUGGGGCGAGUCGCACUUCAACUCGUUCGACGGGCACAUCUACGAUUUCCGCUCGGACUGCGAACUGAUGAUGGCCAAAGGGAGAUUGUCGGACGGCAGUCAAUUCGAGGUCACUGUGCAGAGCGUGCCCUGCGCCGCAGGAGACAACGUGUGCAAGAGGACGGCCAGGAUCGUUGCCCACGGCCAGGAGCUGGCUACACUGGGCGCCUCUAAAAAUCUUCCUGUCGUGAGAUUUGGACCAGGCUACCUGCUACGGGAGACUACUCUACACGUGACAGUGUUCACCGACGUCGGUCUCAUUGUGCAAUGGGACAAAGGAACUACCGUGUCUUUGGCCGUGCAGCCUACUUGGAGGGGAAGGGUUAAAGGACUGUGCGGCAACUUCGACGGCGACCAGGCCAACGACUUCCAGACGCCCUCCGGCGGCGUCGCGGAAGGCGACGCCCGCGUCUUUGGAGACGCCUGGAAGCUGCAGGAGGCGUGUCGCAACAACAUCUCCUUCACUGGUGACGGCCACGAGGUGUGCGAGCACAGGCCGCAUCGCACAGUUUGGGCAACGCAACGCUGCGAGGUGCUCAGGUCCCCUCUGUUCGAGCCUUGCCACAUGGAAGUGGACGUCGAGCCUUACUUCGAGAGGUGUGUGCAAGACGUGUGCGGCUGCGAUUCGGGCGGCGACUGCGAGUGCCUGUGCACCAACAUCGCGGCCUACGCCCACGAAUGCAGCGCGCAGGGCAUCCACAUCAAGUGGCGGUCGCAGUCACUUUGCCCCAUCCAAUGCGACGCCGAGUGUUCCGAGUACGACGCGUGCAUAUCCGGGUGCCCGCCGAGGACUUGCGAAACGCUGGGAUCCUCUCUCGGGGAGGAUAAGGCAGUGUGCGACAACACCACGGCUCCCUGCAUCGAGGGCUGCCGGCCCAAACCUUGCUUCGAGGGCUUCGUUUACGACAACGAGCGCGACAUGAACUGCGUGCGCGAGGCGCAGUGUCGGGUGCCUUGCAAGGAGAUCAACGGCCGCGUCUACCUCGAAGGGGAGCGCAUUGAGGACGCCAGAAUAGCGGAGCCCUGCGAGUCCUGCUUCUGCCGUCGGGGCAGCAUUGUCUGCACGGGCCACCCGUGCCCAAACACGGAGCCGCCCGUAGCCGUCGGCUGCACCGCGAGCGGCUGGACGCCGUGGCUGAAUCCGGCGGCGAAGGCGUCCGGGGACUUCGCCCUGCUGGCCGACGCCGACUUCGCCUCCGCGUACGGAGCGUACUGCGGCGCGGCGCACGUCGUCGACAUCGAGUGCCGCGUCUCGGCCACCGGACAGGACCUGCUGGGCGCUGGACAGAUGGCCAGCUGCGAACUUCCGCGAGGCCUGUCCUGCUACCACAGGUACCAGGCGGGCGGCGCGUGCCUCGACUACGAGGUGCGGCUGCUGUGCGACUGCGAGUAUACCACCACUUCUCCAUCCGUUACGGAAGGCGAGCCAUCGACCAAAGAGCCAACGACAUAUGCCGUCACAGAGUAUACCACCACUUCUCCGUCCGUUACGGAAGGCGAGCCAUCGACCAAAGAGCCAACGACAUAUGUCUUCACAGAUUCUUCGACGGCGACCGCUAAGCCGACUACGUCUACGGUAGAAACUACGUCUGAGGAGGAGUGCUCGGAAUGCGGGGGUGGAGAGACCAGCGUGACUACCGCCUCUUUCAGUACCACUCCGUCGGCUGGUGUCACUUCACCCACGUAUUCGACGACGACGACGACGGCGACGACUUCAACCGAAACCAAACAACCCACCGACUACGUCCGCGACGCGACGCCCACCCCGGGAGAAACUACCGAACGGCCGAUUGUCACCACGCCCGGCCCUCCGUCUCCUGGCUGCGUUUCCCGCUGGACGGAGUUCUACAACAUCGACAGUCCGGACAUCGACGAGGGCGACGUGGAGUCGCUGGAGGACAUCAAAGAGCUCUUCCCGGUCUGUGACGGGCUCCCCAUUACAGACGUGGACUGCAGGGCGAACGUCGGGGACAACAUGACCGACUACCGUAACACGGGAGACGUCGGAGUCAAGUGCUCGAAAGGCACCGGCCUGGUGUGCCUCAACUGGCUGCAGCCUCGGGGAAAGAAGUGCCACGACUAUGCCGUCAGAUUCUUUUGCAAAUGCGAUGUGGAAUACGAAGUCACAACGGGUGCUCAUGAAUUCACCGUCACUACUCCGUUCACGACGGAAGGCAAGCCCUUGACUGAGGAGCCCACGACGUAUUUCGUUACAGAUCAUACGGACACCAACGCCCCGUCUGCCACUCCAGGUAGCCCAUUGACGGAAACGACGGGGACAUAUUCCUCUGCAGGUCACACGGAUGUCGCCACCACUUCACCGUUUACAUCUGAAGGCAAACCGUCAACAGAAACAACGUACUUCACCGCAGGGGCCACCUCGUACACUGCAACAGAAGGGGUUCCUCCGAUCCCGGGUUCAACGUGCUUUCCUGGGUGGUCCCCCUACAUUGACACGGAUAAACCGGACACAGAAGACGGGGAUUUCGAAUUUGUACACGCAUUGGAGAAAAGGGCUUGCCGGGUUGAGGAUAUGAAGGCCAUCCAGUGCAAGGCCGUCCGAAACGAUACUGGGGAAUUGAUCGACUGGCUCGAAUCCGGCGACAAAGGCGUCACGUGUCUCAAGGAGAAGGGGCUGCUGUGCUUCAACAACGACCAAGACGAAGGGAGGGCGUGCCACAACUACAAGAUACGUGUCUUCUGCGUCUGCACUCCGAGUGGUGACCAGACUGCCUUCACGUUGCCUCCCACCACGGCCGGUCCCCCGACAAUUACUGAGGAGCCGCCGCCCAAGGACGAAGGCCCGUGUGGCUGGACGGAGUGGAUGGACGCCGACGAUCCCCGAACUUCCCCCGAAGACAUGGGUGACUUUGAAAUUCUCGAGGAACUCAGGGAUCGGUACAACUCGUGCGCACCCGGCCACGUCGAGAAAGUUGAGUGCCGCGUCAAAUCCACUGGCCUAGACUGGACGCAGAGCGGGCAGAGUUCUUUGUCGUGCGACACGACAAUCGGUUUCCGCUGCUACAACAAGUUCCAAAUCACCGAAUGCGAAGACUACGAGGUGCGGCUCUUCUGUGCCUGUCCAAAGCCAGGUUGA